AUGUCCACUCCUGGGCGCACAAAGCAAGACGUCGACACAGACUGGCAGACAAUCACGACGGAACGCCAGCAUGAGCCGAUUCGAGAGAUUGAGCUCAACUUUGCCAAGGAGUCUGGCAGCAGCCUUGCUGAUGUGUCGGACGCUUCCGAGGACAUGGACGCAGAAGAGCGCAUGACUACAAACACAAUCUUAGACAACUCGCGGAGUCUCGACAAGUCCAAGGCGGAUGGAUUCGGCCUCAGUAAGUUGAUGAAGCGCAACAAGCCUGAUGAACCGCGGAUCAAGACGGCCAUCAAAUCUGGCGAUCCAGCUCGGGCUUCCAAGGUGCCUCAGCUACCUGCUCGUGCCGCCGACGCGAUUCGUCACUUCUCGAACCCGUUUCGUCAGGAUCAUGUAACUCCGAAACGGGAGAAGCCGAUCGCACUCUUCGAAAUGAAGGAAUUUUGUAGCAGCUACGAGAGUUUGGACUCGGAGCCCGUGCAGCCCAGAGCUCCUCUUCGGCAUGGCAGGGAACAUGUUGCUGAACGGUCCCGUGUCCGACAGGACUGCGAAUGGGAUUAUCCAAAUCUCCCCGUGGGCACUUUCGACGAACGGCAGAGUGGACCAAGUAUCAGACAGGUGUAUGGCAGUGGCCACGAUGGCCAUGUACUGCAGGAGAGGUUUCUGAGUGACGUUCCACCACUGCCGUUUCCUCUCAUCAGCCUUCCCGAAGCAGCAAUGCUACAAUAUUUCCGCCGAGAGCGAGGGGAGGAGGACCACACAGACCCCGCGGGCUCCUUCGCCGCCAAGGCACGAUCGGCGAGGUCUGGGACCAUCAGCACCAUGUCUUCCCUCCUUGGCCCUGCGACGCCGCUUUCUGCCUUUGGCGACCUUCCCAUGGGCAUCUCUGCAGUGAGCCUGGACACCUUGGACACGCCGCCGCAUUUCUCGUCGGUCCUGCGCCGCUCCGAGUUGACGGGGUCCCGUCAGCAAUCAGGCGACUCUCGAUGCGAGAACGGUUUUCGCGGACGAGCGUCGGUUUUUGACACCCGGGCUCUCGGACUUGGCGGUUUCUCGUCGAGCACGAGACAAAGACGUGCGAAACAUGGGCAGGAAAGCUUGGAGCUAUUCACGCGUUCCGAGGCGGAUCUCAUCGAGUCUGCCAGAGAAGAUAUGCUCUACCGGCGAGGCCUCUCGGCGGACGAAGACAAGCAGCCGAGAUUCCUGUUUCUCGGCAUCAUGACUGUGACUAUAUUCUUUCCCCUGAUCGGCCUUGUGGCCCUUUGCGGGCGAUUCGAUUCGACAAUCUCGUGGUAUUCGCACGGCGAAAUCAACUCACUCACUCGGGAACAGCGAGCGAUCCUGAAGCAGCAGUUGCUUGUCGAGGCGGUGGUGUACCCGGUCCUGAUAACGGUCUUGGCGGUGUAUUACUCUGUCCAUGGCGCCUAG